AUGUUUCUUCUGUCUGAUCUUAUUUCACUUGAUCUCUCCGACAAUCUCCUCAGAAUGCCCCAACAUGGUUUCGAUAAGCUCUUGCAAAAUUUAACGAAAUUAAGAUAUCUUCAUCUUGAAACUGUUGGCAUGUCUACUGUUUCAACUGGUUCUUUAGUAAACUUGUCUUCUUCUUUGGUAUCCCUCAACCUUAGGUUAACUGGGGUGCAAGGCAGAUUUCCAAGUGAAAUUUUUCUAUUUCCAUUUCUCCAGCAGCUAAUGUUGUCACUAAAUGGAGGGAUCGCAGGUAAUUUGCCAGAAUUUAAUAAGAGCAGUCCUCUCAGAGUAUUGGAUCUCUCUCUCACAAAUUUCUCAGGAAAAUUACCUGAGACAUUCGGCAAUCUUAUGUACUUAAAUUAUCUGUCUCUUUCUGUUUGCAAUUUCCAAGGGUCACUUCCAUCAUCACUUGGAAACCUUACAGAAAUCACCUCUAUGGAUUUGUCACGGAACAGUUUUACUGGUCAAGUCCCAACUUCAUUAUGUAAACUUGUCCAGCUCACUUGGUUAUCUCUUACACACAACAAUUUUUCUGGAAAAUUUCCAAAUGUUUUGGGUAAUCUUAGUAAAUUAGAGACUUUACAUCUCUCCGUUAAUAAUUUCAGUGGUCAGUUGCCAACAUCAAUAUUCAACGUGAAUGGACUUCUUUACUUGGACUUUUCUUAUAAUCAAUUUCAAGGUCAAUUUCCUAGUAAGAUAAGCGGUCUUCCAUAUCUAGUUGGCAUCAAGUUAAAAAAUAAUCUUCUAAGUGGCAGAGUACCAGCAUGGUUGUUUACUCUGCCAUCUUUGGUGAGUUUAGAUCUUUCCCACAAUAAACUCACAGGUCCGAUGGAGCAGUUCCAGCACCCUGGUCCAAUAAUUUAUGUUGAUUUGAAUGAUAACGAGAUUUGUGGUCCAAUUCCAGAUUCGAUUUUUCAACUUUUGGAUCUCAUAGUGCUAACACUUGCAAACAAUAACUUCAGUGGCAAUGUGCAGGUAAAGAAGCUUUCAGAGCUCAAAAAUCUGACGCAAAUUGAUCUUUCAUAUAAUGCGCUUUUGUCAGUAACAGGAAAGGUCAUCUUGCCCCAGCUUAAUGAAGUCUUUUUAUCUUCUUGUAGCUUAACUGCAGUCCCGCUUUUCUUGGGCACUGUAAGUUAUUUAAAUCUAGACCUUUCCAAUAACUCAAUCUAUGGCCGAAUUUCCCAAUUGGCGCUUGGAAAUUGUUCCAGCUUGUCUUACCUAAAUCUGUCACACAAUUUACUUACCAGUGUUGAGUACAUUUCAUCCAUGUUCAAGCUUCGAAUUCUUGACCUUUCAUCCAACUUACUCCAAGGACAACUUGUGGAUCUACCAUCUAGGCUUACGUUCUUCUCGGCUUCAAACAAUGAUCUGACAGGAGUGAUCCCUCCGUCUUUUUGUAAUGGGAGCAGAGUUCUAUCUCUUGACUUGUCCCAUAAUAGCUUAAGUGGAAACAUUCCAAAAUGUCUUGCGAAGAGCACUGCAGACAUCAAGUUUUUGAAUUUGGCAAUGAACAACUUCCAUGGCAGUAUAGAAUCUCUGACGUUUCCCCAUCAAUGUGAUGUGACAGCUCUUAUGCUUAACGACAAUCAAUUGGAGGGACCAUUACCAUCGUCUUUGGUUCAUUGCCAAGGUCUCGAUAUCCUUGAUGUUGGGAAUAACAGGAUUAAUGAUAGCUUUCCAAAUUGGUUAGUAAACUUUCAAUUUCUUGAAGUACUGAUUUUGAGAUUUAAUCAGUUUCAUGGUCCCAUUGGCGAUUCCAGCACAAGAUUUCUCUUCCCUCGGUUAAGAGUACUAGACCUCUCUCACAAUCAAUUUUCUGGUAUUUUACCAGCAAGUUUUUUUAACAAUUUUGAAGCUAUGAAGAGUGGAUACAAGGAUGGUGUCAAACUCAAUUACUUGCACUCUUUUUUUGGUACAUAUUAUUCAAUAACUUUGUUUUUAAAAGGUGUCGAGACCCGGAUGGAAAGGAUUUUAUACACUUUCACAUGCAUAGAUCUUUCCAACAACUUGUUUAAAGGGGAAAUUCCAAAGGUAUUUGGACAACUCGAGUUACUUAGAUUGAUUAACUUGUCUCGUAAUAGCUUAACUGGUGAAAUACCUUUAUCAUUGAAAAAUUUGUCACAACUUGAAGCAUUAGAUCUCUCUUCCAACCAGCUCAUCGGAAAGAUUCCUCUGCAAUUGACAAGUCUAACAUUUCUUUCGGUGUUAAACUUGUCUUACAACCAUCUUGUGGGAUGCAUACCUCAAGGAAAUCAAUUUGACACAUUUCAAAAUGAUUCCUACAUUGGAAAUUUGGGCUUGUGUGGAUCACCACUGUCAAACAAAUGUGACAAUGAUAAGGCACCACCAACGAUAGACGAAGAAGAAAGCAAUGCUUCAAGCUGGUUUGAUUGGAAAAUCGCUUUGAUGGGCUACGGAUGUGGAUUUGUAAUUGGCAUAUCUAUUGCUUACAUUGUGUUCUCAAUAGGAAAACCUCAAUUUUUUGUGAGGUUGAUUGAAAGAGAGUGUCCAAGAAAUGUGAGAAGGCUGAAUAGAGGACGUAGAAGAAGAACAAAUUAG